AUGUCCGAGACCCAGAAGCCUAAUGGGCUCCAGAAUCCAACGCUGAACAAGAUACAUAAUACUUUGACUAAGCAUUCCGCCCAACAACCUGAGUUUAUCCCUCAAAUUUUUUACGCGCUCCACCAACUUAAAGAGGACCCUAAUAAUAGUGCAAACAACCUAGAAACUGCAACUUCGAGUAUCCGUCACCGCCUAAAGCAAUGUAAAGGCUACCUAACAGAAGAUCCAAGUUGUAUUGAGCUACUAUCCACGACCUGCGAGCAAGGUCCGGAGAUUGUCCGCCAGCGGCAGCAGGAACUUACCGCAAAACGCGGGGUACAACAACGCCUAGCAGAGCGUAUAAAAGAACUACUCAACUAG